GGGAAAAUUACUGAUCAUCAUUUAUUCAAUUCUCGUUAUUGUGGCCCUGAAUAUGUUCAUGAUUGUCCCGUUACUUCCAAAAUUGCUUGACUACAUUUUUCCACUGAACGAGUCACGACCGAUGCGAAAUCUUCUCGAAGUACAGUACUACGUUGAUGUGGAUAAGUAUUACGUGCAUAUUUAUUUUCAUGGAGUGCAAGCCGCUGUUUUAGUCAUAUUAAUCAUUCUGGCGAUCGAUUCGUACUUUGUCAUGAUUAUUCAACAUGCCUGUGGUAUGUUUAUUGUUUUAGGGCACAGACUUGGUGAAGUGAGUCACGCAAAUUCCAAGACGCUUAAUCUGUACUCCAAUCGUGAGCGGGAUAUUAUUAUGUCCACUAAAAUCAUCAAAUGUGUCAAGUAUCACUGCAAAUGUAUGAGGUUUUUCGACAUGAUUGAAAGUUCAUUUUCUGUAUCGUUUGUCAUGUUCAUAUUUUUAAAUAUGGCUAUCAUCAGUGUUACGGCAGUUCAAACCACACGUACGACUGAUCCUUUAGAAGUUUUGAGUUUCGGAUUAAAUACAGUGUCCGUAAUGUUUCGAUUGUUUUUCCUUUCUUGGUCCGGUCAAAGGCUUUUUGACCAUAGCGCGAGAAUUGACAAAUUUUUAUCCAACGUUACCUGGUAUGAGUUUCCACAAAAACCCAAAAAAUUGAUUUACAUCAUGCUGAUCAGAAGUUUGCGACCGAGUUACAUUACAAUUGGUAAAAUUGCACCACUCAACUUUGAGACUUAUGGCAGUCUCAUUAAAACUUCUAUGUCGUUUUUCACCAUGAUAAUGUCAACUCAAUGA